AUGCAUUCCCACCAUUCCCAUAGCGGUGACUAUGUUGAACAUGCGACCGGUACGCUAGAGCAGAUGAUCCAAACAGCUAAAGAUAGGAAGUUUGAGCAGUUCUGUCUUACUGAACAUAUGCCUAGGUUGGAACAUAAGUUUCUAUAUCCCGAGGAACUAGAUAAGGGCAUGACAACAAAUAGCUUGGACGAUAGGUUUGAGAAAUAUCUCCAGCACGCUCAUGAAAUUCAGAAAAGAGAGAAUGCCAAUGGCAAGUUGAAGAUUCUUAUUGGCUUGGAGGUGGAAGGUAUUGAUGUGCCCCACAUUGAGGCUGUUGAGAAGUACAGACCGCUUAUAAACAUGUGUGUGGGAUCAGUUCAUUUUGUCAAGGGGAUUCCUAUUGAUUUUGAUGAAGCUAACUGGAGGAAAGCUCGUGAAGCGUGUGAUGGUUCUACAAGACAAUUGUACAAAGAGUACUAUGAACUACAGUAUAAGGUUUUGACCAUGGUUGAACCAGAUAUUGCGGGACAUUUCGAUUUAAUCAGAUUGUUUAGGGUUAACGAUGUUGACCCAACUACUGGCAAACUACUUUCAGAGGUAAACAUAGAGACAGAUUGGCCUGAUGUCUGGCAGUUGAUUAAAAGAAACAUAGAAUUCGUGAUCUCAUAUGGUGGGCUAUUUGAGUUUAAUUCGGCUGCCUUAAGGAAAGGUUGGGAUCUGCCGUAUCCUAAGAAGGAUAUUGCCUUGUUGAUCAAGCAGCUAGGUGGAAAGUUCUGUCUUUCUGAUGACUCACAUGCAUAUGCACAGGUUGGAUUGAACUAUCAUAAGGUCUGGGAGUACGUCAAGUCUACGCUUCAGCUAGACAGUGUAUACUAUUUGGAUAUCGAUGCACACGGCAAAACCGUGGUAGCGGAAGGGAACGUGGCUAGUUUGUCAGAGUCCCCCUUUUGGGACCAGUACCGAUAA